AGUACCAACACAAUGUUCAAGACAGAACACUCACCAGCACGUAGAGGCGGAGGAGAGCUAGAACAUCUGUUAAUAUCUUGGACAGGAAGCAGCCGAGGCGUCUUUUUCUCUUUAGAAGGAGACUCCGUGAAAGGGAUAGGACAAGUUGAUCUUCCUGCAAAACUGACAACUUGUAAUGGGCCAGCAGUGUUGCCACCUUCAGCCUCUUCACCACCGUCACGCCGAUUCUCUCUCGUCACACAAUGAGGCGUGGAGAGGCACUGAUUCCCAGGAGAGCCACCGUGCUGCGUCAUCACACAAUGAGCAAGGCGAGCGCUGGGAAAUUAAUCGCAGUGAUCUGGAAUUCAUUAAGGUUAUUGGCAGAGAUUACCUCGGGAAUUCACAGGCAGGUCUGGUCGGGAAAGUGGAAGGAAAGCGUGGAGGUGGAGAUCAAGACAACGGAUAUGAAGAAAGGUGCCAAGGAGUGUUUGGAGAAAGUGGAGCUCCUGAGAGGCCUGCACCACCCUAACCUACUCAACCUGCUGGGGGUGUGUACUGAAGGUCACCAGGUCCACGUAGUUUCCGAGGGUCCCUUCAGCGCCCAAAACCUGCAGUUCUGGCUAUCGCGCUACCGACAGGUGUGCUUGCCUCUACACCUGCACGUGUUGUCUCAGGUGGCGAGUGGCAUGGCAUACCUGGAGGAACACGACCUUCUCUACUUCGACCUGGCAGUGAGGGAGAUUCUCAUGACCAGUGACUUGGUGUGUAAAUUGCGAGUGUGCCUCUCCAUCAGCACACCCCAGCAUGUGACGUCUGAAGAUUCCCUGCGCUUCGCACCCGUGAUUCCGGAGUUAUCUGCGUGUGGUAGCGUGACGAGCAAGACCUGUGUGUGGCUCUUUGGGAUGUUCAUGGUGGAGGUUGUGAAGGGUAGCCCCCUGCAUUGCCAUGAGUACGCGAGCAACAAGGAUAUAGUUGAACAACUUAGGAAAGGCCACGGUGUCCCCCCACCUGCUAACUGCCCCAAGGAACUGUACACACUCAUGAAGAAGUGCUGGAUCCCGUCUCCUGAGAAACGUCCAUCCUUUGCCUUCCUGCGCAACUCCCUUCAGGAAGCAGCGGCAGGAUACACAGAGGAGGAUGUCAGGAUGUGUCUGCAGGAUUCGUCAGUCUUGUAGUUGCAGAGUUCUUCGUCAGGAGUCCUGCAGCUACUUCACGGAGCAGCAAGGAGUGACGAGGACAGUGCAGUGUAGCCAGAUGAAGGGGCGAUAAAGGUUUCCACUCUCCAGUUCCUUGUCAGUUUGCAUCUUACCAAGCAAGUGACAACAACAGCGUCUACGGAGGGAGGCAGGCAAACUUACACGUACGCAUACACGCACUCAAAGCCAAGACGUAACCUGUAGUGCGCAAGUUAUUUUCAGAAUGUGGCGCGUCUUGAGAGAGAACCGGCCCGGGCUGGUAAGUUUUUGCUGUGUGUCAAGUUUAUUUACGUGUGCAGGAAGGAAGGGAAAGUGUGUCGUGUACCGCUGUCAUGUUCUGAGUCUGUUUUUAGAAGUGUAAGACUGUUUUUAGAAGUGUAAGACAAGGUUUCCUCUCUAGUCCUGCCGUGGUCUUUUUUACUUGACAUGUGUAAGAAGGAAGGGAAAGUGUGUUGUGUACCGCUGUCGUGUUGUAAGUCUGUUUUUAGACGGUGUAAAAUAAGUUUUCCUCUUUAUUC